CGAACAGAGCACCCACUAGUACUACUAGUCCAGCGAGAGCACAAGUAAUAAUACAGACUGAUGCUCCUCUGCUCCUUGCCCAGAUCGGCGCCGCUGCCAGCGACGGGAAAGAUGCCGCUGCUAGAUCCUCCACACUCUCUCUCCCCUGACGUGAAUCCCCAUAUUAUCCCCAUGAAUUUCAGCCUCAACUCUCUAAUCCCCCUCUGUGUGUGUGUUCUUUUGGCUUGCAGGUCAAACCCUAUUGGGGAUGUGAUUUCCCUGCUCCAGAUUGAAGUGGUUGGCGUUGGGCGCCGCCGUGAUGCUGGAUGGUGCAGGUCAGAGCUCCAGUGCAUGUCCGUGGAGCAGAUCCACCAUGGGUGCAGGGGAAUGGAAAUGCUACAGAGAAGAAGAAGAGAGCUUGGUCUGGCUAUUUGGAAGCAGAGUGAAGAGUGUGCUACGGUGAAACCUUAGCCAG